GCUGCUUCAAAUGGCACUGUCAUAUUAGGCAGCUUAAUAAUAGAAGAAAUAGUUAACUGUGAUCUUGUGGAUGGAGGAGCAACUUUUCCUGCGUCCAGGCUGGCCUAUUAGAAGCGCGUACCUAGCAGCCAAUCACAGGCACUCACUCCUCAGCUCCUCUAAUCGUGGAUUAGCCACAACCGACUGCAGUCUACAGCUCUGGGAGUGAAAGGUAGUCACUGCCAUUCAGCCUCGGUUUUAUUAUUAGCUCUCUUGGAUUUGGCAGCAGAUUUUUUUUCCCUCUCUCGUUCUCUCUCUCUCUCAGCAGCAGCGUCUUCUGCGUUGCGCAACCAAGUAGGCUGCACAUUUUGGGAUCUCAGGUAAAGGUGUGGGAUUACCGAAGAGACAAGCGACCAAAUACUUAGAAGCUGCUAUAGUAGGUCAGGUAGGACUCGAUCCAUGGCCCUUUAAUUUAAACCCACAACGUAGUAACGCCGCUCCGUUUAAAGCACCGCUCCGUUUUCGCUUCCCGAUGUUCAAGACGGCCAAUUACCCGAGCGUGGAUCCUGCGCCCACCAUCAUGCACGGCACUUGGUUUACCACGGGAUGCCGAGAAAACACGCCCGUGGCGGUGGAGAAACCUAAGAAAAAGGCGUUCAGCUUGGUCAAAAUAAUGUCUCUGAACAACAAGAAGGGGCACGGCCAGCAUCCGCACAAUAACAACAACAACACCAUGCCUUUUACGAUCCACUGUCAUAUCGGGAAAGAGAUAAAGCACAUUUGCAGCAAUUGCAGCCGCGGAAACGACACGCAGGACGCGGAGGAAGUAGAGAGGCUUGCCGCCAUGCGCUCGGAGUCCUUGGUCUCUGGUACCCACACUCCACCCAUCCGUCGGCGGAGCAAGUUUGCAACUCUGGGGCGGCUCCUCAAGCCCUGGAAAUGGAGAAAGAAGAAGAGCGAGAAGUUCAAGCAGACAUCAGCUGCUUUGGAGAGGAAGAUGUCAAUGCGACAGAGCAGAGAUGAGCUUAUCAAGAGAGGAGUGCUGAAGGAGAUCUUUGAAAAAGCAACCGUUGAAUUCCGAUCCUCAAUGGAUGGCAGCGUCUGCACUCAGGAGCCCUCUAUGAAAUCGUCGAUGGUCUUGCCCACUAAGAAAUCUGUUGGCUAUCCAGGUGACCAUCAGGACAACCCUGCCAAACCACCGCUUUACCAUAAACAGCCUCCUGCUCUCCCCCCAAAGCCUUUCUCUAGGAUCCCAAACCACAGCACAGAUUCUUGUCAGCCAAUGAAGUUGCCCUGCAUGCCUGGGGGAAAGCACUCUCCACCUCUGCCACCCAAGAAAGUGAUGAUUUGCGUGCCUCCAGGGGGGCUGGACUCCUCCUCAUCCUCCCCUUCUCCAUCCCCCAACCCCCUCAACACUCUCCCACAAAAGUCUGCCCCUCCCCAGGGCAUGCCUUCCCUACAUGGCACCUUACUGCCCUCCCAGCUUGUCGGUCUAGCCGGUCUACACCAGAGCCACGGUCACCCGCUCCAGCUUCAGUACGGCAGCUUACACGCCCCCAGUCGGAUCAUCGAGGAGCUCAAUAAAACCCUGGCACUCUCCAUGCAGAGGUUUGAAAGCUCUGCUCUGCACGGCGGUGGUCAGUGUGUCCCCUUAGAAAGAAGAGAAGUGCCAUCUGUGAUCAUCGACUACGAGGACGAUAAGGAGAACCUGCCUAAUGAAUCUGACUAUGAAGAUCUACCCAGCAUGUAUAAGGAUGAGGAUGAUGAUGUGGAUGACGAUGAAGACGAUGAUGAAGAUGACGACUCAAUAUUUACAAGUACACUGGCUCAGAAGGUACUAAGAAAAGACUCUUUGGCCAUCAAGCUGAGUAACCGUCCAUCUAAGAGGGAACUGGAGGAGAAAAACAUCCUGCCCAUGCAGACAGAUGAGGAGAGACUGGAAUCUAGGCAGCAGAUAGGCACCAAACUCACAAGACGCUUGAGUCAGAGACCCACAGCUGAGGAGCUAGAGCAAAGGAACAUCCUCAAACCUCGCAAUGAGCAGGAGGAAAUGGAGGAGAAAAGGGAGAUAAAACGAAGGCUCACGCGAAAGCUGAGCCAGAGGCCCACUGUAGAGGAACUGAGACAGGCCAAAAUCCUCAUUCGAUUCAGUGACUAUGUGGAGGUGUCAGAUGCCCAGGACUACGACCGGCGGGCAGAUAAGCCCUGGACCCGGCUCACUGCAGCUGAUAAGGCAGCUAUAAGGAAGGAACUCAACGAUUUCAAGAGCAACGAGAUGGAAGUGCACGAAUCAAGUCGCCAUUUAACCAGGUUUCACAGACCAUAGUAGACCACCACUGUCUCGAGCAGUGCCCAACCGGCGCUCUCCUCCACUGAGAACCUUAAGUGCUGGACAGUAAAAUGGUGCCCGUUUCUACAAUAAGGCCAUGUCUUCUGAAAUGCCUUUUCAAGUCCCACACAACUGAGUCGGUACUACGCCACAAGACGCAGACACCCACUACUCCAUCCAUGUAGUAGCACACAAAGACUCCAGCCGAUUCACAUUGCCCCCGCCCUGUGUGGAAUUUGCUCGACUAUCUCUAAAACCUCUCUGCUGAGCUCUCAGGCAGGCACUCAGUUCUGUGGCGAUUGGAUAGCAGACCAGUUUUCUCGUUUGCGAUUGAUUGGCACACUUGUGUCAUCUACCGAGGGCAACUGUACCUUGGUAUGUCAAUAACACCAGUAGACUUGUCUCAGUGGACAUGUUUUUAUUCCUCUUCUUUAUUAUGCUGUCACACCAGACUCCUCUAGCCCUUACGGACAGCUUUUGUGCCAGGAUGCAGGGUUGAUUGUUCUGAGCUCACUAUGUCAUCAGAAGCUCCAUCAUUACUACACCUGCUGGGACUUUGGAAACAGCUUAGUGAAACAGGAGGAAGGGCGGGAGGGAAGGAGGCGUCCAACAUUAAAAUCAUGUGCAAUACUUUUUUUUUUUUUUUCCUUCUGCUUUUCUUAGACUAUAGCACCCCCUGGAGUGUCCUCUAUGUCGUUACUAUGUAGUCCUGACUUCCUUCAUGCACUUCUCACUGUACCGAAAAUGCUGACAUUUAAUUGCUAACUGUGAAUUUAAGAGUUGGGGCUAACGCCUGUACUGUCUCUCUCUUUAAUGUAUAUUUUGUUUAUACUGAAGAAGGUCGAAUUUAAAGAAGAAUCUCGUUUAAUUACAUUUUAUUCAUGUGGGUCUUAUAAAUUUACUGUCAAAAUUUGCAGCUGGUGGAUAUUUUCUGGUUUCCAGUGUGUGCAAGAAUGACCUGUUUUGUAUUAUUUUGACAGUGUUAACUGUUUUUUUUUUUUUUUUCUAGAGGCGCUCGGCUCAUAAACGAUUAAUUUACAUCUUUACAUGUCAGUGCUUUGAUGUGUGUGAUUUAUAUCAAGAGAUGACUCACCACAUUGUCUCUUUUUCUUUUGCAGAAGUGUGUGAAAUGAUCUUUGCUCAUAACGUGCAUUGUAUUAUACACUUUACUUUUAUACUUGUGUCACCCAAGCUUUUGACGAAGCAAUACCCAGCGUUUAUAGAGAAAAGGUUAAACUGCAGGUGUACCCCCCCCCCACACACACAUCAUUGUUUUUUACUGUGCGUACAUACUAUGCCUACACUUCAGGGUUUAAAGUUUUCUUUUAUACCUUACUUUAAAAAAAAAAAAAGAGAAAAAAAAAGGCUUUAUUCUGGGGGACUUUUUCAGCAAUUUUCUUGACUGAGCCACCUGAAAAUCUGCCUCUUUGACAGCUUUACCGACACAUUCGGACAAGAUUUGAUGGAACUCUCAACGAAAAAGGAUGCAUUCUCUAUUUCAAAAGAUUUGAGCACUGAUUUUAGUGUAUUCACUGAGUCAGGAUUUUUAAAUAUUUUUAUUCCUAAAUAUAGUUUGCACUGUUAAGAGUGUGGCUUUAAAGUGGCCGUUGUUUCAAGGUAAAGUCCAAAUGUGUAAAGUAUUGUUGGAUUUCUGAGGUGUAACCAGUGUGUCUCUUCACUUCAGUGGUCUUUGUUACCUGAUCAGCCACCCUUCACCAGUAGUCCAGUGCUCACGAGCUUUAUGUGCGCAGCAUAUUUUCAUUAUUUUCUACUGUAUUGCUUUUAAAGUUGCAAUAUGAAAUUGUCAGAUGAAGAAACAGUGGAGUUGAACGGCUGCCGGUCGCCUUUUACAAUACAUCUGUCUGCAAAUUAACAGGGUUUCCCCUUAUUUUUAAGGACAGCGAUAGAUGACAUAAUGAAAUCAGGGAAUUGAUGACAAAAAAAAAGUUUUGCACUGCAUGGUUUGUAUGUGAAUGGAUAGGGGUUUGCUAGAUUUCUGAAGAAGUUCAGAUCAGAAUCAAUACACAAAUAUUUUUCUUGCCCCC